AUGGAAAUACUGUCAGCUAUGCUUCGAAAAGCUGAAAAGGACUCUCUCUUUACAGGAAUUCGCAUUUCUCGUGGUGCUCCUUCGAUCUCCCACCUGUUUUUUGCAAAUGAUUCUCUCCUAUUUUUGCAAGUUACUCCUGAGGCUUGUGACAAUCUUGCUGCUCUUUUGUCGGAAUUUUGUUCGUUGUCUGGUCAGGUUAUUAAUCUUCAGAAAUCCUUUGUGAAAUUCAGUCCUAAUAUUCCAUGGGACUAUCGGGAAUAUCUAGCCAGAAGUUUGCAACUCCAGAGUAAACCUUCCUUGGGUUCAUACUUGGGUUUUCCCGUUGAAUUAGGGCGGAGCAAGGUGGCAGAGUUUGGGUUCUUGAUUGAUAAAGUGGUUCAUCGUCUAUCGGCCUUUGCUUCUUUAGGUCUAUCUGCGGCUGCUAAAUUGGUCAUCAUUAACUCGGUUUUGGUCGCCUCGUUCAAUCAUAUUUUGUCUGUAUUCCGAGUUCCCUCGUCAAUUUGCUCUAAGGUGGAUAAUCUUUUAGCCCGGUUUUGGUGGAAGUCGGAUCCUCACUCAAAGGGUUUAGCUUUACGCUCGAAGUCCCUUUUGCAUUUACCAAGAGGAAUGGGUGGUCUCAGUAUUCGUCGUCUCGAGUCCUUCAAUUCUGUUUUGUUGGCUCGUCAAUGUUGGCGUAUUCAUCACCACCCUCAGCUCCUCAUUUCUAAGCUCUUGUCGGCCAAAUAUCCUUCUUUUCACCUUUCAAGUCCUAGGAGGAUCUCGGGUGCUUCGUGGGGCUGUCAAGGUUUGGUUCAUGGGUUGUCAGUCUUAUCAGAAGGGGUUGCCUGGAAGGUUGGUUCGGGAACUCAAGUUCGCAUUCUUCAAGACUCUUGGGUUCCAGGAGAGCCCGUUUUGUUUCGUGAUAAUUGUGAGACGCCUUUUCCGUCUCACGUUUCUUCUAUCAUUAAUCUGCGUUCUUAUGCGUGGGAUACCUCUUUGGUUCAUCAGUUAUUCGACUCGUCUACAGCUCAUCGUAUCUUGGCUCAGGAACGACCGAGUAGGCCGAUGGACGACUUUGUUUAUUGGAACUACUCGAAAGAUGGGACUUUUUCCACUAAAUCGGCUUAUGCCAUGCUGCUUGGGCGUCUUACCGUUUCACAUGGCUCUUCUGACAUCCCGUCUUCUUGGUGGCAGAAGUAUUGGGGUUUACCCCUUCUACCUAAGUUGCAUUGUUUCGGUUGGAAGUUACUUCACAAUGCUUUGCCUCUGGGUAGUAUCUUGCGGCUUCGGGGGAUUCCUGUUGACUCCACUUGUGUUUUCUGUUUGCAAGAUCAAGAGACUCAAGAUCAUCUUUUCCUAGACUGUCCCUUUAUCUCUAAUCUUUGGUCCACUGCUCCCAAUAUUUCGUCACUUAUUGUUUGUCGGGAUUACCCCUUUUCCAUUUGGGUCAUGGAAUUGGUGACAAAUUUGCGUCAUUCUAAGUCUUGGGAAACAUUGGUUAGCUUGUUUUCCUUCUUUUGGUCCAUUUGGAUUGCGCGCAAUCAUAAGGUGUUUCGUCAGGCUGUUAUUUCUCCAGCUCUUGUUCUUCAUUUUAUGCAAGACUGGGUCACUCGUAGUUCUGCGGCUCAGGAUUUCAGGGGUUCCUUCCAUGCUUCCAGAAUUUUUUCGGGUCCUAGAUGUGGGUCUACGUCUACUUCUUCGCUUAGUUAUCUUCACGGGGAUUCUUUGUCUUUUGAUGCUCUUUGCUUGGUGUUUGACGGAGCUUUUGAUUCUCGGGACUUUUCAGCUUGGGCUGGUUGGAUCUUUCGGCACUUGGACUCAGAUAGGGUUAUUGGCGGAGGGGCGAGGGCUUUUCUUGCGUCUUCGGCGCUUCAUUCUGAAUUGCAGACUUGUCUUUGGGCUCUUAAAGUUGUUUCUCAUCGUGGGUUUGAUAAGCUGGUUCUUUACACUGAUUGUUCAAACUUGGUCACUUAUCUUCGUGCUAAAGACAAUUGGGAUAUUUCUUGUAUUUGGCUACUUCAGGAAAUAAGGAAUCUGCUUGGUGGUUUUAAUUCCUGUGCUAUUCGGAAAGUCCCUCGGCGGUGGGUUGCUCCGGCUCAUUGGUUGGCUCUUCAGGCUCGUCAGCGUCGGUUAUUACUGUGGUCUUUUUAG